AUGGCGAGCAUCUACCUUGUCAACGCACUCUACAACAAGCCCAGCGUCCCAGCUGCACCCAUUAUGCAGCCUACGACCGAGGUCAAGCAUGAGGCGACCGAGUCCGACCAGCCUGCUGCUACGGUGGAGGAGACUGUGACUAUGACUGGCAUUACCGAGCCUGCAACUGAAGCCUACCAUCGCGAGACGCAGCUUCAGGAGCACAUUGAGGCCGUACAACGUGCGGCGGUACUCCAAGCACAGACUGGACAGCGUAGCGAGAACGGAGACGUCAUGCAUCCGUCCCGCCAGCAGAUGGUUAGCUUUCUAGGUCCACUCGAAGAGCGACCUGAACCUGUGGCCUACAAGGUUUCUGGGGCCAACACGCAGCCCUUGGGUCAGAUCGCUCCUCCUGCCCCGUGCAAGCGUGGUAAGAACGCGGUGAAGAAGCAAAAGCCCACCGCGUCCGAGCCGCCCGCCUCAGAGAGCAUCCAAGCGGCCCGGGAGCGCUCUUUUCAUGCUGUAGCUCCAUCUGCUACAGCUGCGGCGCGCUUGGGCCAGCAUCUCCACACCGUGGGUGGUACUCGAGUCAUCGCGGGUCGCGAUCCUCGUCGUCGCACGCAGGCUGGGGAGGGCCAGGAAGCAUCGAGCUCUCCGGCAUCUGCCAAUGCCACGCACUUCAGAGGCAUCCCUAUCAAGCAAGAAGGGGCGGCUUGGGAGCCCUUCCCAGAGCAGCCCCGACCCAAGCUACCCGCGUCGCCUCCCCAGCGCGCUGAGUCCGCACCCUAUCACGCUAUGGUAGGACGGGAGUAUCUGAAUAUGCCAGCGGGCUCCGUGGGUGUCUUCCAAGAUGUCCUAGCUGCCAGGCCCAAGCACUCUGACUCGGAUCCACCUUCCGAAGCAGAGGCCCGCAUCAAAGAGCUUGAGGAUGAGAACCUCAGUCUACGCAAGGAAGGCUUCUGCAAAGAUCGAGAGAUCAGAAAGCUCAGGGCUGAGCUGCUUUCGAGGGGCAUUUGUACUAGCACGACCAAGGACGCAGCUUUCGGCGCUGGUGUGAAGCGCGCGCGUCACGAGGAAGACGUCGGCGGCCCUGUCAGGGAGCCGUAG